AUGUAUAGUGAUAUUGAGGGAGGGGAAGUGAAGAAACACGUAAACUAAUAGGGUCCGUGUAUGCAACUAAAGAACACGAUUCUUCUUCUUCUUCUUCUUCUUCUUCCAUUCACCAUCGUUUUUCUUCGAUUCGCAAAUCGCUUCUGUUCCGAUCGAGCCUCUCUUCGUCUCUGCAAAUGAAGAAGGAAGCUUCAUCGAUUUUAUUGAGCUCGGAAGGGCUCGAAGACGUCGAUGAGUUCGUCGGGGCGAGCGAAGUCGGUUCAUCCGUGACGUUUGAACGGUUUUGUCAUGUUUCCGAUCUCAUGCAGAUUGGGAACCUAGCUUUCCGAGAAAAUCGCUUCGAAGAGGCUAUCAAUUGUUACUCAAGAGCUAACACUGUUAAACCAGGUGAUCCCAUCAUUCUUAGCAACCGAUGUGCUGCUUAUCUCAGGAUUUGCCAAUUUCUGAAACACAGACCUCCAUCAGCUUCUGAACAUAAACCACUGACUGGACUGGAUCCUACAAUACAUGCUGAACUUGCAUUGAAGGAUGCUGAGAAGGUUAUAAAAUUCCGAAAUGGCUCAGUAAAGUCAUACAUUUUGAAGGCCAAUGCACUCAUUUUGUUAGAAAAAUAUGAGCUGGCUCGGGAUGUCAUUCUUUUAGGUCUUCAGAUUGAUCCUUCAAGCAAUCCUCUUAAGGCUUUGGAGAGAACAACUGCCAGCAUGAUUGGCAAGAGAGACCAUGGGAAACCUGAGCGUACUGAUGACUUUGAUUGCACUCUUUGCCUGAAGUUAUUAUAUGAACCUAUUACAACUCCUUGUGGACAUUCCUUUUGCCGCUCAUGCCUGUUUCAAUCAAUGGACCAAAGUAACAGAUGUCCAUUGUGCCGAACAGUUCUGUUUAUUAGUCCCAGAACAUGUGCAAUUAGUGUCACACUGAACAACAUAAUACAGAAGAACUUCCCUGAGGAGUACGCUGAAAGGAAGGAUGAUAAUGAUAGUUUGACAAACUUUGGUGGUGAUUUGAUGCCUCUUUUUGUCAUGGAUGUGGUCCUACCAUGCCAGAAGUUUCACCUUAACAUAUUUGAACCCCGCUAUAGACUUAUGGUUAGGAGAAUAAUGGAAGGAAAUCGCCGUAUGGGAAUGGUUAUCACUGACACUUCGACAGGUUCAAUAGCUGAUUUUGCUUGUGAAGUGGAGAUUACUGAGUGUGAGCCACUCCCAGAUGGACGCUUCUUUCUGGAGCUUGAAAGCCACAGGAGAUUCCGCAUCCUUCGGAAUUGGGACCAAGAUGGGUAUCGCGUGGCUGAAAUUGAAUGGGUAAAGGAUAUAUAUCCAUCAGAAGGAACAAGAGAGAGAACAGAUUUACAGGAAAUGACAAAUAAUGCAGCUGGAUUUGCUCAGUCAUGGAUGAGGACGGCACGGGAUGCAGCACAGCAACGACAAGAUAGAAGUAGACUUGUGGAACUCGAUAAAGUGGAAUCGAUGAUGCCCACGACAGGGGAUCCUGAACGCUACAGUUUUUGGCUUGCUACUUUAACAAACCGGAGGCCAUCAGAAAGAUUGGAACUCCUUAGUUUAAGAGAUACAAAUGAGAGGAUAAGACGGGCACUCGUCUUCAUGAGAGCAGAAGAACAAGGCUGUAGACUGCAAUGAUCAAAAUCUGUAAUAUAUUUCACUACUUCAAUUUUCUUUACAUGCUAUUCAAUAUUCUUUGAUCCACAUUUUUUUUUAUUGUAAAAAUUUAUUGAACCCAAAUUGAGUCAAUAUAUAUUGACCACAUUUUUCAUUUGCUUUC